CGUCACCCCGCCUCCAUCUUGAACGACAGAUGAACUGCACAAACAAACAAAAGUAAAGGCAAAACAUAAAAUCACGAUGCAUCGUUAAGUGAUAGCAACACUGUAGUCAUAGUGACCCCUACAGCGGUAUAUAGCUGGAAUAGCUUGAAGGAACCUCAUGACUUAUGACGUUAGGCUCCUCGGAUGUAUCACUUCUCCUCCCCUAUGAUCAUUGUUAUUUGGCAACUUAAACGUGAUUUCUCCCUUAACAUGAUCUCACUCCUGGGUCGGGACCACAGACCGUUACUCCCCCCCCAGACUAUUUAUGUGUUCUCAAGAAGUGGAAAGUAUUACUAAAGCUUCUAUUUUGAUAGGAAAUACCACAGUUAAAGUGUUAGUAUGGGAGUGACACCCCGUCGUACGACUCACUUUUGAUCUGACAGCACGCUACAGAAACAAUCUAGAGUGAUCUCUGAAGCUAUUUGUAGCUCCCAACGCCUGUCUUCACUAGUGCUUCCUGUAGAUAGCAUGUAGCGAGAUGUGCAGUGUAGUAAUCUGUAACAGUACGCCGGGGGUGGAUGGGAAGCCGGUAACCUCAUCUAUAGAACAUGAAGACGUGAAGGCUGGCGUCCACCAAGGCCUCCGCCGCGCCCUGGCCGGUGCAUGCGCAUGAUCACAUGACCCUGGACAUGGACGCCGUCCUGUCCGACUUUGUUCGGUCCACUGGGGCAGAACCGGGGCUGGCCAGAGACCUGCUGGAAGGUAAGAACUGGGACCUGGGCGCCGCCCUGGGGGACUACGAACAGCUGCGGCAGGUCCACACCGCCAACCUGCCGCCCGUGUUCAACGAGCGCCGCCUCCAGCCCGGCGCCAGGGCCACGCCCACCCACGUCAGCCCGGCCGGCCGGCCGACCGCGCAGCGGCAGGAGGACAGCGCACAGGAGAAGCGUCUGACGCGGGGGAUCUCCCACGCCAGCUCGGCCAUCGUGUCGCUGGCCCGCCUGCACGUGGCCAGCGAGCGGGCGGAGCAGAUCCCCGUGGAGAUGCCCAUCUACACCUUCCAGCUGCCCGACCUCAGCGCCUACAGCGAGGACUUCCGCGGCUUCAUCGAGAGGGACCUCAUAGAGCAGUCCACCAUGAUGGCUCUGGAGCAGGCCGGGCGUCUGAACUGGUGGUCCACCAUGUGCUCCAGCUGUAAGAAGCUGCUGCCCCUGGCCACCACCGGGGACGGGAACUGCCUGCUGCACGCCGCAUCCCUGGGGAUGUGGGGCUUCCACGACCGGGACCUGAUGCUGAGGAAGUCGCUGUACGCCAUGAUGCAGAGCGGCACGGAGCAGGCCGCCCUGAAGCGGCGCUGGCGCUGGCAGCAGACGCAGCAGAACAAGGAGUCGGGCCUGGUUUACACGGAGGAGGAGUGGGAGAGAGAGUGGAGCGAGCUGCUGAAGCUGGCCUCCAGCGAACCACGCACUCACCUCAGCAAGAGCGGAGCCGCCGGCGGAGGGGUGGAUAACUCUGAGGAGCCGGUGUACGAGAGCCUGGAGGAGUUCCACGUGUUCGUUCUGGCCCACGUGCUGCGCAGGCCCAUCGUGGUGGUGGCCGACACCAUGCUCCGGGACUCUGGGGGGGAAGCGUUCGCCCCUAUCCCGUUCGGGGGGCUGUACCUGCCCCUGGAGGUCACCCCCAGCCGCUGCCACUGCUCCCCGCUGGUGCUGGCCUACGACCAGGCACACUUCUCUGCCCUGGUGUCCAUGGAGCAGAGGGACCAGCAGAGGGAACAAGCCAUUGUUCCCCUGACGGACUCGGAGCACAAGUUGCUCGCCCUCCAUUACGCCGUUGACCCGGGGAGGGACUGGGUCUGGGGGAGUGAUGACACCGACAAGACCAAGCUAGCCAAGCUCAUUCUGUCUCUGGAGGCUAAACUGAAUCUGCUGCACAACUACAUGAAUGUAACCUGGAUCCGAAUCCCAUCAGAAACAAGGGCUCCUCUCGCUCAGCCAGAGUCUCCCACCGCCUCGGCAGGCGAGGACGUCCGGUCUCUGGCUGAGUCCAUCGACUCGGACCGGGAGUCCGUGGGCAGCAACUCCAACAUCAACACCGGCAAGCCCGACAAGGACAAGGACAAACAGCGCAAGGACAAAGAGCGAAACCGGGCCGACUCGGUGGCCAACAAGCUGGGCAGCUUCAGCAAGACCCUCGGCAUCAAGUUGAAAAAGAACAUGGGCGGUCUAGGCGGCUUGGUGCACGGCAAGAUGAACAAAUCCAACUCGGGGCCCGGGCGGACCGGGGACACCGGGGCAGGAGAGAAGAUGAAGAAGAGGGAGCCCAAGAGCAGCAAGGCCGGCAAGGAGGAGUCCGGCCAGUCCACAAGCUCCACCUCCUCAGAGAAGGUCACCAGUCCCUCCCCCACGGACGGAGAGAAGGUCUCCAGCACCUCCCCCACCGAGAGGCCGGACGGCGCGGGGAAGAUCCUGGGGGACAGGACGCCGGAGAGCUGGAGAUACAGCACCGACGUCACGCUCAGCGUCAACAUCCUGAGGGCCGCAAUGCAGGGCGAGCGCAAGUUCAUCUUCGCCGGGCUGCUGCUGACCAGCCACCGGCACCAGUUCCACGAGGAGAUGAUCAGCUACUACCUGAGCAACGCCCAGGAGCGCUUCAGCCAGGAGCAGGAGCAGAAGAAGGACGAGGAGAAGAAGCCGGGCCCGGUGGGGAAGACGGUGGACCAGGAGGACGCCAUCGCCCAGAAGGAAAGAGUAGACAGCUCCCCUCCGGUCAGCUGUUCUCCAAUCCUGCCGCCGCACAGGCAGACCCACAGCCACAGCCAAAGCUCACAGCCAUUACUGGGCCCUAAGGUGCAGGGCCGGGACAGCCCCACUCCUCUAGUGCCCUCCAUCCCAGUCUCUGUGCCGCCUCUCCCCACACCUCCCGUGGCCCAGCGGGUGUGUCACCCGGUCCCUGUUUCACUUCCCAGCUAUCCCUCCCCUAGCCUGGAGGCCAAGAGGCCCGGGUCCAUCCCCGUGUCCGCCCAUUACAGCCAUACGCCUCCCGUCCAGAGGCACAGCGUCAUCCACCUGCGGGACGUCAACGUGCCGUCGUCCCGCUACCGCGAGAACCCCUGCAAGCCCGGGGCGGCGGGCUCCCUGAAAACAUGCGCCACGUACCCCCAGCAGAACCGAACGCUGUCCUCCCAGAGCUACAGCCCGGCGCGCCUGUCCGGGGUGCGCACCGUCAGCACUGUCGACAGCCUGGCGUACAACCUGCCAGCCGAGCACAAGUCCCACACCUACACCAACGGCUUCAACGCGGGCGACGUCCGCGACUGCCUGGAGUUCGCCGACGAGGAGGACCCCUCCCCGCGCUCCCGGCUCGGCCACGACAGAGCGGGCGGUCCGACCCCCGGGGGGUCCUACCUGUACUGUUUCCCUCAGCGCCGCUGCAAGAGGGACGACUGCUCUUUCUACGGCAGGCCGGAGACAGAUCACUACUGCUCCUACUGCUACAGAGAGGACGUGAGGCGCAAGGAGAGGGAGAGCAAGACGUACCGGCCCACCGCGUAGCCACCGCCGGCGCCGGCCGGGACUCACGAAGACCACGGGAGACAAGGUGACAGACAAUGCCAUCUGCACUCAGCAUUCAGUGUAGGCUGAUGGCACCAAUCGUACCACUCUGUUGAACACCACUCCUGUGUGCGCCCUUGUUACCCUCUCUCGUUGCUGAAGAAUAGUUCUUAAUUACAGGGUAUGGAGAACUGGAAACAGUGAGCACCUUUGGCCAGAUAUUGUGCUACUUGUGUUUUCCGUCGCGUUAAAUGUGCUAUUUUACUUGUUUUAGAGUAAAAGCCAUCUAUCGUCGUGGGUCAUGUGUAUGUGAGGGAGGGAAACACACAUUUUAACGAAUGCAAGUCAUUUGAUGUUUUUUUUUAAGGAGAGAGAAUGGCUCGGCGGUUGGAUCAGUUUCGAAUGCUAUACUUUUGAUCAGUUCUUCAAAAUGUAUUUGUGGGAAUUACUAUAGGUGUUUUGAAAUCAAAAGAGAAACAACGAGAGGUGUUGAACUUGAAGCAAUAACUUGGUGUUUUUUGCUACACCUCUUCCAAUUUUGUCUAUGCACCGAUGAUAGCUACUGUAAGUUAACUCUGUCUUGUACAUGGUUAAGGGUCGUCACAGUGUGCUUUUGUUAACAAACGUGCAGUGCAGGAACAUACACGCAUAGAACCUAUUGAUAUUAGCGCUUAAAUAAGACCUACUGUAAAGCUGUUUCAUUUGUGAAAUAUACCUACACCUUUGCUUUUUAUGCGGCAAGGGAAUAUUUCCAAAGUGUCUGAAUUGGAGUCGCAGCAUUGUGUGAAAUACCAUGAAGAUUCCUGCACUUGGCAACACUCCUAGAUAUCACAAGCACUGCCAAAUCGGCUUCCUUAGAAAGUCGCCAAUGGCGGUCAUAAAUUGCAGGCUAGACAUGAUGUGCCAAAAGACGAAUAAUAUGCAUUGGAUCAAUUGGUACUUAGAUGUUUGGUGUUUGUGGCGUGUCCCCUGAAACCAACUGCAAACCACUGCUAACUUUCUUGGUGUGAAACAUGGUGGGAUGUCCGAGCAAGCCAAAGCCGUUCUGUCUGAAACGUAGUUCUGUGUCACAUUCCCCACACCCCAACACUGUGCCCAAACACACGAGUCACGACCGACGGUACCGCCGCGUCGCCGGUCCAGACGUGACGUUGUGUGUUCCCACACACCCGGAGGCCAUUCAAAAGCACCUGCCGCUGAGAGCACCUCAAGCCUUUGUGACAUCAUUAGUGCUUUAACCAAUCAGUGGGCGUCAAACCCCUCCCCCUCCCCCGGGCCUCCCAAGUGCUUUUCCGUUUUGUUUUUCUUUCUUUUCUCCGCUUAUUCCCGUUACUCCGGUAAGAAGUCGUGUUUGUACCGUGCUGUUCGUUUUGGUGACGCCUGGAUGGUUCUGCCCUGCUGUCCUUUGCUGAGUGUCCCUCCUGGCCAAGGAUGUCCACUGCCUGUCUCGGUUCUCCUCUGUGUUCGUAGGCCACCCCCGCGUGACGGGCGUCAUGGACUCUCCCCAUGUUAGAAGUCUUAAGAUAUGAUUUUGUAUUUGUUUUAUUUUUAACGUUUUACACAACUUAAAAUGGUUUAUUUGCACAUUAGGUACAAAUGUUAAAUGAUAAUAAAAUGUUCUCUUGUUCCAA